AUGCCUUUUGCCAAAAGGAUCGUUGAACCUCAGUUACUGUGCAGGCACGCGAUUCCGAAUGAUGAGGGCUUGCUUUUCGAGGAUCUGUGUUCAAUCAACAACGUGGCUCUUUCUCGGACCUUGCGGCAGCUCUCCGAUUUGGCCAAGCACGCCUGCUCCCUGUUUCAGGAGCUGGAGAACGACAUCGUCUCCACGAACCAACGGGUUUGGGUUCUGCAGAACAAAAUAGGCAGAAUUCAGCAGACCGCCAGCGGACUAGAUCCCAAACAGGAGGCAGUGCCUGUGUCUAACCUGGAUGUGGAGAGCAAGCUGGCAGGGCACUACCAGUCGCCAUGGCACCUACAACGCAACGUGUUCCACCCCUCCACCCGGCCACCGUGUGUGGAGGAGCUACACCAGCACGCCAAGCAGAACCUGAGGGCACUGCACAGAGAUCAACAGCAGCGUCAGAGGACAAGCAGUCGAGAGCGCAGGGUGACCAUCUCCAUUUCAGUGGCACCCCCGAUGCCCACAUACCCAUCGCCCCGCACCCUGAGGCGACGUGAGCAGAGGGGCAGACAUCCCCGAACGGAGAGAUCUGUAAGGGACACUGAGUUUCAGCCAAUACAGAGAAAGUUUGAGAGAAAGCGCUCCUCUUCCCCCACUGAAUGUUGCUACUAUACCCCCUGGAGCAGAAAGGACGCCCAUCCCACAGACCCUGAAAUGGAUGUGUUGGUACUCGGUCACAGGCCUAAGUGCCCUGUUCCCAAUAUCCCCUCCACUCUGGACAAGCAGACUAACUGGUCAAAAGCACUGCCUCUCCCCACCCCAGAGGAGAGACUGAAAACCCAGUCCCAAGUGAUCUCCUCGUGCGUUAUUCCCAUUAACGUCACCGAGGAGGUCUCCGUCGUUGCCUCUCCUCCUGCGAUUUCAGCAUUCCUCAGGGUUGGAUUUGACAGAGAAGCUAGUGUCCGCUGCUCACUUGUGCAUUCUCAGUCGGUGCUUCAGAGACGGAGGAAACUGAGAAGACGGAAGACCAUCUCGGGCAUACCUAGACGAGUGCAGCAAGAUUUAGACUCUGAUGAAUCCCCGGUGGCGAGAGAACGAACCCUGAUUGUGCAUGCCAACCCCAACUUCUCCAUCUGCCACGAAGAGCUCUCUCUCAGUGGCCGCCUGAACACUAAGGACUCGGGUUGUCAGACAGAGGACUUCCUGUUCACCGCACCCUCACGAAGGCGGAUCAGGGCUCAGAGGGGCCAGGGCAUCCCCACCUCCUUAUCCCACUCCACUGGCAACAUCACCUCCCUGCCAGACAGCUCGGACACCAUGUUUACAGCCGCAGUGGGAAGUCGCCUGCGCUCCCGAAGCUUGCCACGUGAGGGCGGGCGGCUUGUCGAUGAAGACCAUGACGACAGUGAUGAAGACGAAGAUGAUGAUGAAGAGCUCUCGCCCUACGAGGCGGAGGAGUUCCUGCCAGGUCCUGGGGAGCUGAUCCUGAAAGACGAGGAAGAAAGCACGGAUGACCAGGCUAUACCAGAGUGCCAGCUGAUUGGCCUCAAGUGUAAGCAGACCUCUGACCACACAUGGAUUGAGCGGGGAAGGUCACGACUCCCACGGAAAAUUGACAUGGGGAGUUGCGAGAUCUCCUCCAGCUCAGACACCUUCAGCAGCCCCAUCCACUCUAUCUCCACCACAGGAGUGCUAGGUACCCAGAUUGACCACAAGGAAGACCACCAAUCCUCCAGUGGGAACUGGAGCGGCAGCAGCUCCACAUGUCCCUCCCAGACAUCAGAAACCAUACCCCCUGCCGCCUCACCACCCCUGACUGGAUCCUCCCACUGUGAUUCAGAGCUGUCCCUCAAUGCAGCUCCUAGUGCUGGUGAUGACACCUCCGGCUUCAUAAGCGACCCUUACCAAAAUGACCGCCCACAGGUUCGAGGCCACAGGGCCAGUUCCUUCACCUCCACGGUGACUGACCUGCUGGAUGACCCUAGCAACAGCACAGCGAGUGAUGGUGAGUGGAAUUACCUGCACCAUGAGCAUGGCAAGUCUUGCCACCUGGACUUCAGUCCCCCACGGUCCAGAGGAGAUGAAGGUGGUCUGGAGUGUCCCAGCUUCACAAGUGUGGCUACAUACGAGAGCUUUGCAGACAAACCCCCAUCUGAGAAGGCGGACUCCAGUUCACACUACUCCAUAGACACGGAAGGCUAUUAUACCUCCAUGCACUUUGAUUGUGGUCUCAAAGGUAGCAAUAGCUACAUCUAUAACUAUGCAGCCAUGGGCUCUGACGGUGGCCAGGGCAUUAAUGUCGCAUCUAGUAUGAGUGGAUACCAUCAGUCAGACUAUAGAGAUCACAUGACACUGGGAAGACACUGUCGUUCCUUAAAGAAACCAAAGGUGAAGCCAGACCCACCAAAACGCAGUUCUUCACUGAAGAAAAUUAGCAGUGGUGCAAAUGUUCCUGACAAGAAUGAACCAAAGAUAAACAGUGGGCAGCACCUGCCAUUGUCUUCCAGGGAAAUGAAGCUUGAACUAGACUUAGCCAGCCCCCCAGGCCAGUUGGAAAACCUUACUUUAGGUGAGGAGCCUGUGGAAGCCUGGGGUGUAGAGAAUGCUGGUGAGAUAACUGACUCCAACCUCUUUGGCUCCACAGACACACACUCCUUUAAGGACGAAGGUGCCGUACAGUCCGACUAUGCAGACCUCUGGCUUCUCAAUGACUUGAAGUCCAAUGACCCAUACAGGUCAUUGUCCAACUCCAGCACUGCUACGGGUACAACUGUCAUUGAAUGCAUAAAGUCACCAGAGAGCUUAGGAUCACAGAACUCCCAGUCUGGCUCCAGAGCCGCCACUCCUUCCCUUCCGUCUGUGGAGAAUGAGUUCAAGCUGGCCUCUCCGGAGAAGCUAGCGGGCUUGGCGUCGCCCUCCAGUGGCUACUCCAGCCAAUCAGAGACACCAACAUCUUCCUUCCCUUCCGCAUUCUUCCCCGGGCCUAUAUCCCCCACCAGUGGCAAGAGAAAGCCCAAAGUUCCAGAGAGAAAGUCCUCUCUCUCUUCCCUACAGCAGCAGUUCUCCUCCAGGGAUGGAGGCACCUCAUCCAAGAGAGACCUUGAGCUACCAAUUAUACCUCCGACCCAUCUCGACCUAAGUGCUCUUCACAAUGUCAUCAGCAAGCCUUCAGCCCACAGGACCCAGCUGCAUAUUCUCCACCAGAAUAAGCAGAAGGCAGCUGCAGCGGCUGCUGCUGCGGCAGAGGCCAGGGCAGUGGCUGCAGCCUCUGCCGCUAAUCUAGAGGCGCCUUUAGCUAUCACGCCCACUGUGCUCCGCUCAGUCCAGCUGCGAUCCAUCAGCAGGCUUGGUGAAGGCUGCCAGGACCGGCCCAACCAAGAGGUUGCUGCCAGGCCCAAGUGUCCCACCGUGACAGUUAUUGCAGCUGCCCCUAUCCACAGGUUAGCCGAGUCCAAGAGGCCCACAACCCACAAACCCGCUGCCGAUCACCCUUCUCAGGAGUAUCGCGAAUCACUGUAUACACCAGGUGAUGGACCCACAGCAAGGGAUGUAGCCUAUAACGAGCACACAAAGUACAGGCAGGACAGACAUGCCUCAGGGCCUCUCUGGUCUAUGACCGCAUUCAGAACACCCCUAGACCCAAUGUCCAUGGAGGAUGCUCCCCCUAGGAGGCCACCAGCCUAUGGGACAAGAAAUGAGAUCCAAAGCAGCCAGGACCCCAGAGGAAUAUCCGAUACCCCAGCCCGCCCCAAAGACAACAUGGGACAUGAGCAGAAGAGCAUGGUGAAGGCCCCGUUUCUACGUGGUGACAGCCUGGAAAAAGACCAGAACCAACCGACAAGGAUCGAGCCAGGUGCUGAGGGUUCCUUGUGUAUGACAGAGACGGGUUAUCCCCCUGAUCUGAGUGAUGCUGCAGCAAGAAGGCCCAUCUUCGGUGCAAGCGGCAGCCUUGACAAAGUGCCUGUAACUAUGUGUCAAUCUGAAAUAUUGCAAGCUUACACAAUCAGUGAUGCGGGUAGCAAUGAGGAGGAAUAUGAACCAUCAGGUGUUCCUACCAGAAGUGCCUCACAGGACUGCAGGGAAGAGGGAUCAACACCAGACACAGAGGAUUACUUCAGUAAAGAGUCAACUCCCAGCGACAACUCACUUUCUCCUUUGAAUGACGAAGCAAAACCAGAAGAUGACAGCGUUUUUAUGUCACCCAAUAAACUACGAACGACCGAAGAUCUGUUUGCUAUGAUUCACAGAUCAAAAAGGAAAGUGCUCGGCAGAAAAGAUUCAGGAGAGCUGAACGCAAGAAACCGACUGAGCACUACUUCGGUGGGUUCCCCAGCCAGCAACCCGGCAACCACUCCUACCACCCCCACAACCCCAGUGACCCCAACUGGCUCACAACGAGUCCCAGGGCCCAUCUACAGGAGUGCAAAGAAAUCCAGCACCUCCAAUGAGGAAUUCAAACUGCUACUGCUGAAGAAGGGAAGCCGGACUGACUCCAGCUACCGGAUGUCAGCCACAGAGAUCCUGAAGAGCCCCAUCACGCCCAAGUCUUUGGGGGACCUGGGGGCUGAUGAUGUCCGGCAGCCAGAGGAGCUGUUUUCUCCCCUUCCACAAUCACCCUCGGGGGCCGAGGAGCUCCCCAGUCCCUUUCCCAAGGCCAAUACCGAGGGCUUCUCCCCGAAAUCGUUCCCCAUGUCUGCUUCCUCGCGACAGGGCCGGUCCCGGAUUCCACCAGCGGCUAACAGCAGCCGCUACAGCACACGCAGCCGGCUCUACACCGCGCCCAUGCAGGCCAUCUCUGAGGGGGAGACUGAGAACUCUGAUGGCAGUCCGCACGACGACCGUUCCUCACAGAGCUCCACCUAA